GCUGUCCUGUUGUUUGCCUUGCUUUUUGAAUUGAGCUGGAGCAGCACACUAACACCGUCUCUGCAAUAGUGUCGAGUAGUUAGCUGUCAACAAACUGAAGUAGUCAUUUUGGACUAUUGUCAUUUAUAAAAACCAACAUGCAUUGAUACUAGACCCGUGAUUUUACGGAGCGAUGUUACAGCUGUUUUAAAGAGCGUUUUGAACCGAAGAGGAAUUGUGACGAGUUCUUAAUUGUGUUGUUGACUUACUAGCUUGGUGGCUAGCUAGGUCAGCUAGAAAGCUUGUUAAAUAUUACUGAUUCAGCGGCCAGUUGAGAUUCAUUAGCUAGUAUUUUUUUUAGAAGGCAUCAAAACAGUCGGUUCCUGCCAUGGCUGACAGCAGCAUAUUGACUUUAGGGACAGCUCGGAGUCUGUUGGUGGAUUCUUCGGUCUAUGAUUCCAGGAUUGCUGAAACCACCAAGGAUCAUGUAUUUCUGGGCAUGGGAUGUGAAGAUGGGGAAGAUAUGCUGCCAAAAGUGGAGACACGGGUUGUUCUGGUGGGAGAAGCAGGCAGAAAUAGAGAGCUGGCCAAAGCACUGCAGGCCAUCAGAGUAAUGGAGGUACCUGUGGUAAAGAUAAGAAAAGGCGAGGCGGGUGCCGAGGAGAAAAUGAUGAUAAAAUCUAUAGUCAAUAUGGACAUCAACACCCCAUUCAUAAUGACAGAUAGCGUCCAGGAGUUUGGGGAUGGAGAGAACACUGAGUUUGAGACGGUGUUUGUUCUCACACACUUUGAUUCUCCUGAAUACAACUACCUCUACAAACAUGAACACCGCAUUGUUGGGCCUCCUGUUGUGCUGCACUGUGCUGCGAAGGAUGAACCUCUCCAGUUUUCAUGUCGACCUCUCUACUCCACCACCAUGUUAAACCUGUCACUGUGCUUCACUGGAUUCAGGAACAAAGAGGAAAUGAAAAACUUGGUGAAUCUGGUUCAUCACAUGGGUGGGACCAUACGGAAAGACUUUAGCACAAAGGUCACUCAUCUUGUUGCAUACUCCACUCAUGGAGAGAAAUACAGGCUGGCAGUGUGCAUGGGGACACCCAUCCUCACUCCAUCAUGGAUUCUUAAGGCCUGGGAAAGAAGAGAUUAUGUAAAUUUCCAUGCAGGUGAUGAGGAGUUUCGAACUGAGUUCAAAGUGCCCCCGUUUCAGGACUGCGUUCUCAGUUUUUUGGGGUUUUCUGAGGAAGAGAAGGCCAACAUGGAAGAGAGGACUCUUAAACACGGUGGCACGUACCUUGAGGUUGGAAAUGAAAGGUGUACGCACAUGGUUGUGGAGGAAAACCUGGUAAAGGAGCUACCAUUUUCUCCCUCCAAGAACCUAUUUGUGGUCAAACAAGAGUGGUUCUGGGGAAGUAUUCAGAUGGAUGCUCGAGCUGGAGAAUCCAUGUACCUCUAUGAGAAGAAUGACAGCCCAGCUAUGAAGAAAGCAGUGUCCCUCCUUUCCCUCACCACCCCAAACAGUAACCGUAAGCGUCGACGUCUGAAGGACACAUUGGCUCAGCUCACCAAGGAAACAGAGAUCUCUCCCUUCCCUCCGCGCAAAAGACCGUCAGCAGAGCACUCGUUGUCUAUUGGUUCACUGCUGGACAUUUCUAAUACUCCAGAGACAUGCAAGGCUUUGGCAGAAGACAGAGUAGGAGACAGUUUUGUGACCAAGACUAGGAUAGGAAGAAGGAAAACCAGGGAAAGGAGUAGGACAGACAGGGAGGAGAGGAGAAAAAGGUCUCACCUGACUACAAAUGCUUGUCAACAACCAGAAGAAGAGCAGCACCAGGGAACUUAUGGAGAGAGUUCGAAGCCUUCUAAGAGUUCAACUCCGGUUCUUUCCAAGCAGUCAGCCAGGUGGCAGGUCUCCAAGGAGCUCUACCAAACUGAAAGCAACUAUGUAGACAUUUUAAGCACCAUCCUACAGCUUUUCAAGCAUCCAUUGGAAAAAGAGGGACAGGUGGGUGGACCUAUCCUGGCUCAAGAGGAGAUUAAGACAAUAUUUGGCAGCAUCCCAGACAUCUAUGAAGUUCAUACCAGAAUAAAGAAUGAUCUUGAGGAGCUCCUCACAGACUGGUCAGAAAACAGAAGCGUUGGAAACAUCAUUCUGAAAUACUCUAAAGAGCUGGUGAAGGCCUAUCCCCCCUUUGUCAACUUUUUUGAAAUGAGCAAAGAGACCAUUGUUCGGUGUGAGAAACAAAAACCACGCUUUCAUGCAUUCCUCAAGAUUAACCAGGCCAAGCCAGAAUGUGGCAGGCAGACACUGGUGGAGCUGCUCAUAAGACCAGUACAGAGACUGCCUAGCGUGGCCCUUCUUCUUAAUGACAUAAAGAAACAUACAUCGGAUGACAACCCAGACAAGAUAACACUGGAGAAAGCAAUUGAGUCUCUGAAAGAAGUCAUGACCCACAUUAAUGAGGACAAAAGGAAAACUGAAGGCCAGAAGCAAAUCUUUGAUGUUGUUUAUGAAGUUGAUGGUUGUCCUGCCAACCUGCUGUCCUCCCAUCGUAGCCUCGUUUACCGAGUAGAAACCAUUGCUCUGGGAGAUCAGCCAUGUGACCGUGGUGAAAAUGUCACACUGUUCCUCUUCAAUGACUGUCUUGAGAUUGCGAGGAAGCGACACAAGGUGAUCAAUACGUUCAAGAGUCCGCUGGGACAGACGAGACCACCGCCCCCACUGAAACACAUAGCAUUAAUGCCGCUGUCUCAGAUUCGACGAGUGCUGGACUUGCAAGACACAGAAGAGUGUGUGAAUGCAUUCGCCUUGGUGGUUCGCCCUCCGACUGAACAGGAGAACUUGUUGUUCAGCUUCCAACUGGCGGGAGAGGAAACGGUUAAAAGCGCCUGGCUGCGAACACUUUGCCGCCAUGUAGCCAACACCAUCUGCAGGGCUGAUGCGGAAGACCUUAUUCAGUGUACAAACCCAGACUCACUGCAGGUCAGCACCAAGGAUAUGGACAGCACCUUGAGCAAAGCCUCCAGGGCCAUCAAGAAAACCUCUAAAAAGGUGACAAGAGCGUUUUCUUUCACCAAGACCCCAAAGCGUGUGAUCCAGAGGGCAUUCAUGGCCAACAGUCCUUCAGAUGAGAAAAGCCAAAGGCUGAGCUGUGAAAACCGCGUUGGCAGCAGCACCACGUUGGCUAUGCCCCGCGCUGCCUCAACAUUCAGUUUGAAUGAUUCUACCAAAAGCAGUGCCGUGGUGCAGCGCUCUAACUCUCUGGACCACCCUCCAAUCAGAUUCAAGAUCCCUGAUCGUAUGCGAACCCCCUGCACUCCCCCCAAAAAUCCUGUCCCCAAAAUUGCUUCCGAGUUGAGCUAAGACCCCUAGCUUAAUGCUUGCUCUGUCACCAGAGAAUCUAAGCCCAUUUUUAAUGAUUCUUUAUUUAAUCAACCAGCACUAACUCAUUCCAGCCUCCCUGUUUCCUGGGAGUCGUCCUGUUUAAAUCUUCCCACCUCUGCUUCUACUUCAGCUGUCCAAAACUCCACACAGCUCAACUCUAAACAUUCCCGAUCCAAAUCUCGACAACAUUUGUCCAGACCGCUGCCCUCUGUAGGAUUCCAAGCAAGCUCUCCAGGUCCUCAACCUUUUAAUGCCAAACGUAGGGUCUUUCCUGAGUCAUGCAGAAAUCCUCAAGUUCCCAUGGAUCCACAGAAGGCUGUUGUGACCAGUCCUCGCAAAGAGACUCUGCUUUAAAUGAUCGCUGAGCUUUGUCCUGGAGUUUGACGUGAGCAGACAUUAUUGUUGUCCACUUUCAGUCUCGGGUGCACCAAUUCAUUUUCCAUUUUAAACUAAUCCUCAUUAAACUGUCUUGGCACAUUUGCCUUUUUAAUAUCAGAGUAUCACUGGUGCAUUUCUAGUCCCAAAUCAACUCCUUAGAAGCUGAGACCCUGCAAAAUGAAAAAUACAAAUAAAAGAUUUGCUCCACAGCCCAAGUCGGAUCGACACAGACGAGAUUCCAUCAGUUUGCGUAUAAUGCUUCUCUCCACUGGAGAUUGGUAUACGUGUAAAGGGUGGAGAUUUUAAGGGUUGAUUUGGAGUAAUUUUUCUGAAGAAUGUCUUAGAUCACGGAGUGGUGGUGGAUGGGAAUAUUAACCAGGUGGUGUACAGUGUACAUGUUAGUAAUGAGCAGGGGUCACGAAGAGCUGGGACUGUCAUUCCAGAUUGAUACCUCUUAUUUUGGGGGAGAGAUUUAGAUGUGAAGUCUUGAUUUCACAAACAGAUAGUUUCAUUUUGCAUUGAGCCAACUCAUGAAUAUUAAAAAGGAAUGAUUCAGUUACCGUUACAACUAUAAGACAGGAUGAUUUGUCUCUUAUCGACCUUUGUUUUGAUCAAAGCCAUUCUUUUCAGUGCCACUUGAAGAAAAUAUCAAGAAUAAAAAUCAAAAUGUCAAA